UUGUUGAAAUAUGGCGGCGGUGUUCCUGAUCUGAAAUAUAAAUGACAGUGAUUUCUUGGGUGCUUACAUACAGUUAACUUCAAAAUGCCAAAACAAUUAGGACCAUUACCUAAGGCAACGAAAGAAGCAGAUGCCUUGAAGAAGAGGGUUGAAAAGCUGGUGAAGGAAAGUAACAAGACUCUUGAUAACACCAAACUGAAAGACAAGGAAGAAAAGUUGAGACAGCUGUACAAAAACUGUUUUGACUUGAAACAAGAAGUUUCUCCAUUGCUAAACAUUGUAAAGGAGCUCAAAGAGGAGGAUGAGCCCAGCAAAGUGAAGAACUAUGCAAAUAAAAAAACCUUUGAAACAAAGCGUUUGGAAGUAUGGCAGACCCAGCUGAGCGAGACGAUGACAAAGCUGCAGCCAGAUGAGAAUGAAGAACAGUAUCUCAAGAAGAUGCGUCGCGAGGCGGGGGAGGUAAGUGAGGAAGAGGAGGAAGGUGAAGAGGAGGAGGUUGAGGAGGAGGAGGAUGCAGAGGAAGAGGAGGAGGAAGAAGAAGAGGAGGAAGAGUCUGAAGCUAAAGUCAAACCCACUGAUAAAAAGGAUAAACCCACAGCUGCCAAAACAAAAGUAGAUGAAGAGGAAGAGGAAGAUGAUGAAGAUGAAUAUGAGGAAGAAGAGGAGGAGGAAGAUGAAGAGGAGGAAGAAGAAACCAAACCAUCUCAACAAAAGAAUGCAAAGGUAGCCAAGAAAACAGAAGAAGAUGAAGAAGAAGAAGAGGAUGAGGAAGAUGAAGAUGAUGAAGAAGAUGAUGAUGAUGAUGAUGAUGAGGAUGAGGAUGGAGGAACAAAAGCAACCAUAGAGACGACACCCUCUAUGCGGCAGUUUGUAGCUGUGGAGGACUAUGCUGGUGAAGAAGAGGGAGAUCUUGGAUUCAAGAAAGGUGACAUCCUCACCAUCAUUGAGACAAGGGAUGAUGGAUGGUGGGUGGCUGAGAACAGUGAUGGAGAGAAAGGCCUUGUCCCCUCUACAUACUUACAGAUGCACAAUAAGUUCAAGUCUGUCCAGCAAGACGAUGAGGAAGACGAGGAAGAAGAAGAUGAAGAUGCUGCUGAUGGUGAGGAGAAACCCAAAUCAGCCAGAGCUAAGAAGCUAUGGGGAGGUAUAAGGAAAGCAGUGAAGGAGACGACUGUGUCUGAUGUCCUUCAGGCUAUGGGAGCUGUUCCGUCUGGAUUCAGACCAUCAACUUUGUCACGGGUUUUCAAUGAAGGUGAUACUUUCCGGAUGAGAAACUACAUGUCUCCGAAGCUGAGUGCAUCAAACCUCACAUACAGAGAUCUGUUCUUUGAUCCAAUGACCAACAAGAUUCGGCCUCGCAUAGCCCGUGUUGACAGAGUGGUGACUUUAGUGUCCUGUCAGCAGAUCCCACCUCCUGGAUCAGGUAUGACUGUGCUGAGUAGACACGUGAGAAUGUGUCUGUUUGAAGGCCAUACGAUGCUGAGCAACAUUCACACAGUGAAGGUGUCCGCUGUCGACAAGUCACAGAGAACCUGGUCCUUUACCACACGGGUAUCUGAUGCCAUGGACCCCUACUAUCAUGCUGAGACAUUUGUCCGCACCAACAACACUGUCGACAACCUUGGUAUACUGUUUGAGCUGUGUGUGUCUUACGUCAGAACGAGCACCGAUGAGAAAGGAGAGUUCAGCUGUGGCUGGGCCCAUCUUCCUUUAUUGGACCAGACUGGCACAGUCAUCACAAAUAAGACCUGCGAGCUGCAGAUGAAUGGAGGUACGCCCUACGAGAAGGGAGUGGAAGUGGACCCCAGUAUUAGUAGGAGAACAGCUGGCAGCAGUGCCCUUGUGUCCCUCAUCGGAGGCAACAAGCAGCCUCGUCUUCAAGUGCGGGUUGCUGUUCCAAAGAAUGACCAGAAACAGAAUCUCGAGCAGCUACCUGACACUCUGGUAGGGAACAUGGUGCUGGUGCCAUUCCACUGCUACUUCCGUCAGCUGUUGGCCGACGCCCUCCUACGAGACAGACUGGACUUGGAGUCUACAGAGUUGAUCCACAGUCCCACCCUGGCUUCGUUCCCCCGAGUGGCUGACCAACACGACCUGAUGAAAGUGUUACGGGAAACAUGGGUGGAGAGAAUGAAGACAGUGAAGAGAGUUGAGCGGUUUAGUUGGUCAAACAGCAACCUGAGGGACGAUGAGUUCAUGAAGGACACAUUUAAACAGGUGUUCAUCGAGUCUGUGUACCCGCUGGUCAACAUCGCCACACUACCUCACUACGUCACAGGCGACACAGACAUAGAAGAGGCCCGCCAUACUGAGAUAGACAAGUUCAGGAGACAGAAGUUGGAGCGGAAGUCUGCUAUGGCUGCGCUGCUCUCCUCAGACAUUGUCUUCACCCCCUUCAACCUCCAGGAGGUGGCCUUCAACGUCAUCGGCCCACACUGUCUCCCCAGAAACACACAUAUGACCGCUGUAGAAGGUUGACCCCCCUUUCCUACAAACCUACCAGCAACUGCCAUGUGCCUCAUCACUUUCACCACCCUUUCACUCAGUAAUCUGUUCAGUCCUCUACGCCAGCAGCACGUCCUGAAAUAUUACUUAUUGAUGAGACUGAUUCAGUUGUGAUCGAAGAUGAGUUCCAUUGUUAUCAGUAGACAGACUGAGUUCAAUGUGCUUUCAAAAGAAGAAAAAGUGUAUUUGUAAUGUGAUGUGUUCCACAUACGAAGCUCCAAGCAUCACACCAUUAUUACCCCAGCCAGUGGAUCAGUGGGUCUCUCAGACCAAUAGGGAGUAUACAACCCUAUCUGCCCUUGAGGCACUAGACCACAUUACCAUCUCCUCCUACCGGGUGCCCACUUGCUGCUAGAUGAACACUGUAAGGCUUGUGUGACUGUUUGUAGAGGUUGUAAUGGUUGUAAUCUUUUUUAGAAGUAUGUCUGUAUUUGGCUGAAUAAAAAAAUGGCUAAAAUUUCUCAAUCUCUUCACAUAUUUUGCCAUUUUGUUCCCUGAGAAGGGCAGGUAACUCCCUCUAUACUAGCCAAAAGAUCCAGGUAAUUGAGUUAAAGGGAAGAAGCAUUAUACUUCUUUCUAUAUCCUAAAUAUAGAUUCAUCUAUAAAUUUAGAAUUCAGUUUUUGCAGCGGAGAACAUAUCCAUGUUUUAGUUCAGAUCACCGACUGAUAUUACAUGUUUCUGUAUGGUGACUCCAUUUCAAUAUUUUCGAUAUUUUGUGAUAUUUUCAUUUAUUGUUGCUUCAUGUUGUCAGAUAUGUAGAUCCGUCCAUUGUAUCUUUUAUAUUUAUUUUUAUGAAAAUAUGGACAGAACAUUUGUAUAUAAUAAAGAUCAUCUUUGCUAUA